UGAGGCACGGAGAGGGUGAGAGCUUCCUCAUCUCUCCCAGGUAGUUACAGGUGGAAGCCCAGUGCCUUUUGGAAGACAUGAGCCUCCCAGUACAGCACAGGCCCACUGCUUGUUUAGGAGUAUUAUUUCUAUUUACCUGGUUAGUGAGAAACUUUAUACCACAGUCUGUUGGUCUCACACAAAACUAAUGUGGAAAUGUACCAUUUUCCAAACAGAAGAAAACUUGAAUGUUUUUGGAAUUCCUAUUUAGUUUUCUGCAGGGUAAAACUGAUUGUCAUCCUUUUCACCCUAGUUACAGUUCUAGCUUGCAGCCGCUAAAGACAUCUGGUCCUAAGACUCCAGUCUUGCAUCUGAACAUUACAGUUCAGGGCAGUGUACAAACACAAACGGGACCCUGUAUCACACAAACUUCCCUCAAAAUCUCAGGGACCAUUGCAGAAAGUGUAGCAAAAAUACUGAGAGCCAGAGGUCAGAGAGGACCAAAACUAAACAGUGUCCUUUAGAUAGGACAGGGUCACUGCACUCAUGACCUCACAGCAUCUGUGAUCACUUUCGCAAGACCUGACCAACAUCAAGCCAGUCAACAUUCCAGCAUGGAGGUGGGAGGGUCUCUUAAGGCAACUAUCCACAGUUGAGAGCUUCGAGGUGGGUUUUCUGUAAGUCUAGGCUAGGUCACCUGGGCUUCCGCAAAGAGCCCCACACCCGUGAGGGCGUGGGCAGCACAGACUGGACUGUGAGUUAGUUUUGAAAGAGGACACAAAGCUGGGAUGGGUGGAGAGGAGGGGGAUGGGUCUGGGAGAAGCUUUAAAAAAAAAAAAGCUUUAGAGCGGUGUGGCCAGCUUUGGGGCAGCAGUGGCUUGGGAGGGAGUUGGGGGUGGGUGGGGGCAGUGAGCAUCAGCUCUGCCACUUAGAGCUGUGAGAUCUUGGGCAAGAAGUCUGACAUCCCUAAACCUCAGGACACAAAGUGGAUGAGAUAAUAAUAAAUUUUUCAUGAUCCAUUAAUAUGUUUAAAAUAUAUAAUAAGCUUUCCAAACUAUUGGAAGACACAAGUAAGAGACAGCUACCACCGUGGCCGUUCUUGAAUGUCAGGGAGACUUUGCGGAAGGCAAAGCUCUUUUGCUAAUGCUGGUUACACAGUGUAUGUGGUAACUUGGCCCAGCUCUGUUCUACGAAGGAUCUCUGAAAGCUAGCAAAUUAAACAUAUGUCUAUUUCAAUUAUCUCUCCAGGUUCGGACAGAAGGAGGACUGCCUAUCAGUUUAUUAAUGACCAGAGAGACAGAUUUCUUCUUGAGUAUGCAGUGACAACCAAGAAAAACACAAUUCAAAGGUUUGAAAGGCUCAUAGCCAUGAAAGAAAGGCAACUCAGAAAAGCUGAGAGAAAGCUGCAAGAUGACGCAAUGUCCUUUGAAGAGUUCCUUAGAGAAAAUGAUCAGAGAUCUGUAGAUGCUCUUAAAAUGGCAGCACAAGAAACAUUAAACAAACUUCAAAUGACAACGGAGCUCAAGAAAGCAAGCAUGGAAGCGCAAGCAAUAAAAAGUGAAAUAACAAAAACAGAGUUCCUCCUCAAGGAGUACAUGAGAUAUGGAUUUUUCCUGAUGAAGUUAUCUCCGAAACAUUGGCAAUUGCAGCAAUCACAAAAAAGAGCCCAGGAAUCAAAAAGUACCCCCGUUCUCCCUAGAAUCUUAGGAAGUGUCUCAUCAAGUAAAAGUGAGACCAGCGCCGAGUUGAACAAGAAAGCAACUUCAGGAAAGCUCCGUGGAAGUAAAGAGGAACAAGGAACGGGACAGAAGAAAUCUGCUUUUGGCAUGGACGUUAUACGGUCAACCAUUUUCAAUCCAGUUGAAGGCAAGAGCUCUGAGGACAGUCUGGAUCGCAUGGUGGAGGAGGAGCUGCUGGAGUUGGAUCUGAUGCCGGAGCUUUACUUCAAGGAGCCAGAGGAGUUACUGAAGGUCCUCAUGGAGCUGGAAGAGCAGAAUCUCACCUUGGUCCAAUAUUCCCAAGAUGUAGAUGAGAAUCUCGAAGAUGUCAACAAAAGAGAAAAAGUUAUACAGGAUAAGAUAAACAACAACAUCGAGUUCCUGCUGGAGCACAAGCAGAUGCUUAUGGUGAACUGUGAACGAGAGGAGGAAAAGGCGGCGGAGCUGGAGCUGAGGUCCAGACUCUUCAGUUUUGGAGAAUUCAAUUCGGAUGCUCAGGAAAAGCUAAUAGAGUCACUCAGUAAAAAGAUUAAUCAAGUCUACAGAGUCUGCAUCGGAGAUGCUGAGGUUGGCAGCCUGACCCCCAUUCAAAAGCUGGUCAAAGUAGAGUCUCGCCUGGCGGAGCUGAGCGACCUCAUCGACUCCAUUCCCAAAGAAAGCAUGGAAGCCAUCGAAAGGAUGAAACAAAAGGAGCGUCGGCAGAAGCUACGUGAAGAGAAGCUGAAAGAAAAGCAAAGACACCAGGAGGAGCGGCUAAGAGCUGCUCUGGAAAGAGCCGUUGCACAGCCCAAGAAGAAGGUGGGAAGACGACUUAUCUACCGCUCGAAACCUCCAUCUGCAGGCAAGCAGGAGCUACUCUUAGUCAGUGAUACAAGAACAAAAUCACAGGAGGAAGAGUACUUUUUUGGACCAUGAAGACACUCUAUUAGCAAAUGUUUUAUGUAGAUGUUGGAUUUCAGUGAUGCAACAUUGUCCUAACAAAUUUCGGGAAGGCAGGCCUUUAUCCAGAAGUUUAUAGAAGGAAUGACAACUGU